AUGGCAGCUACUUUUUACUUAAAUAGAAGCACAGAGAGCUUGCCAGUUUAUUCCAUCUGCAACCAAACAGUCUCACUCCUACACAUCUUUUUUGAAGGGGGUGACACACGGCCUGAUUUCCGGCUGAGUCGUGCGUCCAUUACAGCCCUUCUCCAGCUCCUGGACCAGAGGCGGGUUCAUGGGUGGGGUCCAACCAUUGAACUACUGGUCUUCCUUUUCUGGCUGGCCAGUGGAAGCUCCUACCGUGUGGUGUCCAGGGCGUUUGACAUGCCCACAUCCACUGUUCACCAGCUCAUCCAUCGAGUGGCAGGGGCAAUGACACGUCUGACACCACAUGUGAUAAGUGUCCCAAACACCUUGGAUGCACAAAGGGAGGUGGGUGAGGGUUUCAGGCAGCUGGCAGGGCAUCCAGCUUUCCAAUGGUCAAUGGGUGCAAUUGAUGGAUGUCACAUCCGGAUCAAAGCACCUGGAGUGCCCCAUGCUCAGUGCUACAGAAACCGCAAACUGUUUCCCUCAAUCCAGCUGCAGGCUGUAUGUGACCACAAAGCCAAGUUUAUUGAUGUCUUUGUUGGCUUUCCUGGCUCUGUGUACGACUCCAGAGUCCUCCGACACAGCCCCCUGUAUCGCAGUGGGGCAUAUCCAUCACCAGGACACUUCCUCCUGGGUGAUGGAGGCUACCCCUGUUUGGAGAGGCCCAUUGCCAUGUUGACACCCUUCAAGCAGCCUGUAAGAGGAGUGGCACAACAGAGGUUUAAUGCUCAUCAUGCCAAAGCCCGCUCAGUCAUUGAGCGAGCAUUUGGCAUCAUGAAGGCCAGGUGGAGGGCCAUCUUCUUCCACGCCCUGGAGGUUGAUACUUCAUUCGUCCCAGAUGUUGUGUUGGCAUGCACCAUACUGCAUAACAUCUGUAUUGGCAAUGACGACAUUAUGGCAGUAGAAGAAGAGCAACCUCAGCAAGAAGAAGAAGAAGAAGAAGUGGCUGGGGAGACUACAAAUGGAAGUGCUCUGCGUGAACGCAUUGCUGCACAACUGUCCGCCCUGCAGGAUCAUGUUGUUGAUCAUGAUUACCAUGUACAAUAUAAUUAA